AUGGCGGAGCAGGACGGCGGGGGGCUGCAGGUGCUGCUCCAGACACUGCAGGGACCUUGGCUGGGCUGCGAGAUGCGGACUGCUGACAAGGGCUUUCUGGAAUCUGCUGGCGGCUUGAGCAUGAGCGACGACCGGGCCCAGGUGCCGGCCUUCAGCGUCACUGUCUGCGCUCACCUGCUCUUCACUGCACCAAAGGCCACGGGGCACUUGAGCGGUCUGGGCUGCUCGGACGGGGCGUCCAUCCUGGCCAUCCUGCAGGUGCUUGAGGACCUGCUGUCUGUGGGCACGGAGCGCAGGAUCCGCUACCUCGUGGACAAGGGCGGCAGCGAGGCGCUUCUGCGGACCCUAGUGAAUGCGGCCCGGACGGCGCGGCCCGACUAUGCCGUCCUCCUGCCCCUCUGCCGGCUGCUGGCCCGAGUGGGCCUCCGAGAUAAGAGGUUCGGCCAGAAGGCCCUGGCUCUGGAGGCCCUGGACGUGACCCUGAUUCUGGCCAGGAAGAACCUGACCCAUGGCCAGAACCUCCUGCACUGUCUGUGGGUGCUGCGCGCCUUCGCCGCAAGUGUGCCCACAGGAGCCAUGCUGGGCAUCAACGGAGCCAUGGAGCUGCUGUUCCAGGUCAUCAGCCCCUACACGCCAAGGCACACACGGCUCAUCAGGGCAGCCGCCGAGGUCCUGGCCCAGCUGCUGAGAUCCAGGUCCAACAGCCGCCGGGCCGUGAACCGGGGCUCCGUGGCCGCCCUGCUCCAGCUGUACCAGGACUGGCAUGAGCACGACCUGGCCGACGCCUUCGUGCCCAUCCGCCGGGCGCUCCUGCUGUGUCUGCGGCACGUGACUGCCCUCCGCUCGGGCCGGGAGGCCUUGCAGGCGGCCCAGGGCCUGGAGCUGCUCUUCAGGACCACACAGACCUGCCUGGCCGAGAGCCGUGCGGAGCCGGUGGUGGCCAUGGGGCUCCAGGUCCUCAGACAGUGUCACCCCAGGAGUCCCUUACCCCUGCCUACACCCUGCAGCGCUUAUACCUUCUCGGGGCCUGGGAGCAGCCCCCCGGAACCCGCCCGGAGCCUCUCUGAAGAGGAUCUUGAAGACGAUGAUGGCGGCGAUGAGGAUGAAGUGGACAUAGACCCAGACUCUGAGGAUGCCAGAGAAGAAGAUGAUGACUUGGAAACUGAUGUGAGGAGGCUGAGCACUGAGCCGGCUCUGGACCGACCUGAGGAGGAGCUGGAGCAGUACGCCGCCCUGUGCCCUGAGCUCUCCUGCGGCUUCGAGGAGCUGCUGCCUACACGUGGGGUCGGCUGGGACUGCCCCAAGGGCCGGUGCGCCCAGGACCCCAGCACUGGCGGGGAGCAGAGAGGAGGCAGGGUGCAGACUCCGCUUCUGGGUGCGGGGCCAUCGGGGCGAGGCGCUGCGUGCCUGGCCUCCGGGAGGAGAUCCACGGCCACGCCAAGCGGCACCACACAGCCUGACGGGCGUGGGACAGACGCGCCUAGGAAGGAGGCCCCCAACAUGUGGGUUCCCCUCAGAGGGGACGCUUGGGACCUGAGUGCUGGGACCACGCCACCCGUGCUGGAAGAGCUCCUGCAGACGCAGCACCUGCGGACCCCCUUCCACGACCCCCGACUCUAUGUGUGUAAAGCCAGGAGCACCCGCUCUGUGGCCAACUUCCAGCGGAUGGCAUUUCCUGACGUGUGGGGCCACUGGCCACUGCCGGCUGCCCAGGCCAUGUUGGAGCGCAGACGUGGCGUCCAGAGGGGCCGGAUACUGGAGGACGUGCGGAGACUCCUUCAGCCCGGAGACAUCCUCAACCACGUGGUCUUCAGCCUUGACGAGCCUCGGCCCCCCAGUGUGGCCGCCGGAGCUCUGCACUUCUUCUCGGGGUUCGAGUCGGGAAACCUCCGCAAGGCCAUCCGGGUGCGCGAGUUUGAGUACGACCUGCUGGUGAACCCGGAUGUGAACAGCACCCAGCACCAGCAGUGGUUCUACUUCCGGGUCAGUGGCAUGCAGGCGGCCGUGUGCUACCGUUUCAACAUCCUCAACUGUGAAAAGCCCAACAGCCAGUUCAACUACGGGAUGCAGCCCACCCUCUUCUCAGUGAAGGAGGCCCUCCAGGGCAGACCCUCCUGGACCCGGGCGGGGGACGAGAUCUGCUACUACAAGAACCAUUACCACCGGAGCGCCUCCUCGGCCUACUACACGCUCACCUUCACUGUCUCCUUCCCCCACGAAGACGACGCCUGCUACCUAGCCUUCCACUCCCCCUACACCUACUCGGCCCUCAUGACUCACCUCGACCUCCUGGAACAAAGUGUGGACCCCAGGCAGGUCUACUUCCGGCGGGAGACGCUCUGCCGGACGCUGGGGGGAAACGCAUGCCCCUUGGUGACCAUCACAGCCAUGCCCGAGGGAGCCCACGUGGACCAGCUCCGGCAGCGUCCGUGCCACGUGCUCACGGCUCGCGUGCACCCAGGGGAGAGCAACGCCAGCUGGGUGAUGAAGGGGGCCCUGGAGUUCCUGGCCAGCAGCGACCCCGUGGCGCAGCUCCUGAGGGAGACCUUCAUCUUCAAGCUCAUCCCCAUGCUCAACCCGGACGGGGUCGUCAACGGCAACCACCGGUGCUCGCUGCGUGGGGAGGACCUGAACAGAUGCUGGCUGACGCCCAGCGCCCAGCACCAGCCCACCAUCCACCACGCCAAGGGCCUGUUGCACUACCUGAGCCGCCAGGGCCACCGGCCUGUGGUCUUCUGUGACUUCCAUGGACACUCGCAGAAGAAGAAUGUGUUCAUUUAUGGCUGUAGCGCCCAGGAGACCCUCUGGCAGGCGGGCUCCCCGGUGGGCACCUCGGCCGUGGCGGAGGACGCCAGCUACCGGCUGCUGCCCCAAAUCCUCGACAAGCUUGCGCCGGCCUUCACGAUGAGCAGCUGUAGCUUCCUGGUGGAGAAGUCGCGGGCGUCCACGGCCCGGGUGGUGGUGUGGCGAGAGCUGGGCGUGGUCAGGAGCUAUACCAUGGAGGCCAGCUACUGCGGCUGCAACCAGGGCCGCUACCAGGGCCUCCAGCUGGGGACGCGGGAGCUGGAGGAGAUGGGCGCCAUGUUCUGCCGGGGCCUCCUCCUCCUGGAACUCCAGUCCGCGGGCUGCAGCCGCCAGCUCCUGGGCCGUGCAGCCACCGUGCUGGGCAGCGCCGAGAAGGAGGUGCUGGAGCAGCAGCUGCAGGGCUGCUCAAGCAGCAGCAGCGACCACACCCAGGAGCUGGACGACGAGCCCGCCUGUACAGAGGAGAUCGACUACAGCCCGGACGGCGACUCCGACCAGCCGGAGACCCUCUCGGAGCUGGACCAGCAGAUCCAGGCAUGCGCCUGGCCUGAGGAUGAGGAGUCAGGGUCUGGCCGCAAGGCCGUCCCCUAGGUCAGCUGCACCCUGGACAC